UUCAGUUCCGUCGGUGAAUUAUGACACUUUCCUCAAAAUUUAUCAUUUGUGCCGUCUUUGAUUCAUCGCGUUAAAUUUCCGCAAAGUGCGUUUAGCUGCGGCUACAACAUCGUGUAGAUAUAAAACACCGCUUGGUUGAAAACAAUCAAGCGCCGUCGGCUUCAACCGUCCUGCUGGCUGGCAUCGGUGUUCAUAAUGGCGAAAUUCUGCAUCGGCGACAUCAAGCUAGUCAUUCGUGGUGCCGAGAAAGUAGCCCGAGCUCUGACUGACCACGAAGUGCAGAGGCUCAGACUGGCAUGGAAAAAUUCGAGUGUGCGGGAUGUCUCCAACAAACUGGCCAUGAGCGUCGAAGACCGCCUCAGCUCCACCAUUGCCAACCCCGAGAAGACCGCUCUCGAAGCUGGACAACUACUGUCCGAGACCGCGCAAAGACUCUCCAUGAUUCCCGAAGGCGUCAGACAGUUCUCAGCCUACUCCCUGCAACGAGCUCGACGUCAACACGACUUACACUCUCAACCCGAAGAUUCUUCACCGAGGGACUACACCGUGGAUGGAACUCACCUCGGUUAUUUGCCAACUACGAGCUUCUCCUCUACAACCAAUCACGGCGUGGAGAGUGCCGUCAACAGCUCCCCCACCUUAAGCUUCCAGCCCACGGCAACGCUAACGGAUCUGCCCAAACCGACGGACAAGGUCGCAGCAGCCGUCGAUUCUCCGGCGUUCCAGCCUGUCCCCCCUCCGACGCCGUCGACGAGUAAGACGAAAAGCAGCAGGCCGAAGAAAGCCGUCCCAACACUCAUGCUGACCGAGCAGUCCAAGGCGACCAAGGUGCCCGCUUCGAGGGUUGGGCGUCUCUUCUCUUAUGGAAGCCUGGCGGCAGGACUGGGCAUGGGCGCGCUGGCGGAAGUGGCCCGUCGCACGCUGGGUGCCUCGAACAACCCGGGCCAGAGCCUGGAGUCUGCGGUGCUGGGCGACAACCCUUUCCUCACCCAGGCCAACGUGAACCGCAUCGUGGACACCCUCUGCAAGGUCAGGGGGGCCGCACUCAAGAUCGGGCAGAUCCUCAGCAUACAGGACAACACCCUGAUCAGCCCGCAGAUGCAGGCCAUCUUUGAGAGGGUGCGUCAUUCGGCGGACUUCAUGCCCGAGUGGCAGAUGGAGAGGGUGCUCAUCAAAGAGUUUGGAGACGACUGGGCCAACAAGGUCUCAUCGUUUGAGCGCAAGCCAUUUGCAGCUGCCUCUAUAGGACAGGUUCACCUGGCAACCCUACACGACGGUCGAGCUGUUGCCGUUAAAAUCCAGUACCCUGGGGUAGCCGAAGGAAUCAACAGUGACAUCAACAACCUCAUGACAAUCCUCAAUUAUUGGGACAUCAUUCCCAAGGGCGUCUACAUAGACAACUUGGUAGCCGUGGCUCGCAGGGAGCUCGCAUGGGAAGUGGACUAUGUCAGGGAAGCCAAGUGUGCCAGGAGGUUCAAGGAGCUGGUGCGACCCUAUCCCGAAUACUACGUCCCGAACGUCAUCGACGAGCUGUCGUCGGGCCAGGUGUUCACGUCGGAGCUAGUCAGCGGCAUACCCGUCGACAAGCUGGUAGACAGUCCACAGGAACUAAGGAACAAGGUGUGCUACCUGCUGCUGAAGCUGUGCCUCCUUGAGCUUUACGACUUCCGCUUCAUGCAGACCGACCCCAACUGGUCAAACUUCUUCUACAACGAAGAAACCGGCCAACUAAUGUUGCUGGACUUUGGAGCCUGCCGAGAGUAUGGCAAGCCAUUUGUGGACAAGUACAUCCGCGUCAUCAAGGCCGCCGCCGACCGCGAUGAGAAGAACGUCCUCAAGUAUUCCCUGGAGCUGGGUUUCCUCACCGGAUACGAAGCGAAGGUCAUGGAGAGGGCGCACAUCGACGCCGUGAUGAUCCUCGGCGAGGCCUUCUCGCGGGAGGGCGAGUUCAAUUUCGGGACGCAAGACACGACGCGCCGCAUCCAGAACCUGGUCCCGACCAUGCUCCAGCACCGGCUCACGCCGCCACCAGAGGAAACCUAUUCGCUCCACCGCAAGCUCUCCGGCAUCUUCUUGCUCUGCGGGAAGCUCAGGGCCAACAUCAACUGCAAGGAGCUCUUUGACGAAACGUACCGGCGGUACCGGUUCGACGACUGAGUCUGGGAAGGACGAGGACCCUUAAUUACGCGCUUGUGAUAGAGCGAGUUUCGUACAUUUACGCGUGUCGAUAGCAGCUGUGCACCGUUCUUUUCGAUGGAUGACUUCCGUGUCAUUUUUGUAGGGCGGUUACAGCUGGGGACUGUUUUCCUAGACUUACGACCUUAGUGUUGCUUCUGCUGGUUGCAGCACAGGCUCAGUUUGUCCGGUUAUGCGCCGUUUUUACCACUUACGGCACAUAGUACAUUGUUUUCUCGGUUUAGGUCUCGUGUCAUUUCUGCUAAUUACGAUUAGAUAUUUUUUUGAUUUAUCGGUUGUAUGUUGUCUCUGUAAAUUGACUAUGUCUGUGGUCUAUCUUUUUAGAUUUGGACCUGGCAGGGCCAUUUGAUUGAAAAAACUGCUUUUGUCUACCUUGACCUCGAACAUGACCGUGCUGUAAGGGAUCUGCAAAGACCCAGAAAUUUGAGUUUCAUCUAUUCAGGAAACAGAUUUGGCAAUUAGCUAAAUUAUGAGCAAAUUGCUGUUCAAAACAAAAACAAAACUAAUUAAAGUUACCUUCAGAAUGAAUGGUCAUUAUGGUAGAAAGGUUACCAGUUUGUAUUGUACAGCUUUGUUCAUAGCAGUCCGAGAGCCUUGGCUUUCAUAUUCAGUGCACAUACACUGGCGACUGAUGUGUUGGCGCCAAUCCUUGUUAGUCAUUGCUUCACAUUUUAUGACAAAUUAAAUACGAGCAACGGAGCUUAGCUUUGAAAGUUUGAAUACAACAGAAAAGUUAUACAAGAGGCUGCAAAAAUAAAGUUUGUAUGCCCAG